AAUAACUUUUGUUUGUGUGUGUGUGCAAUUAAUAUUCAAAGCCCAAUUAUGUCAAUGAUAAAUGGGAGGGGCUCAACAAUCAAUUCCUAGAUCCUUCCUUUGUUCAUUGUGGAAGAAUCCGACUUGUGGAGAUAAAUAAGAGAGAGAAUGUCUAGUCCCGGUCCCCCUCUGUACAUCUCUGGGCCUGAGGUGCGUGGGUUGGUGAGCAUGACAGAUCUGAUGGAGGCUAUGAGACCUGCCUUCCAAUGGUUCUCCACUGGGAGAGUAGUGCAACCUCUGAGGACAACAACUAACGUACAAGAUCAUUCAGGGUGUCUGUUAUCCAUGCCUGGUUACUGCUCCUCUGUGGAUAGCCUGGGUGUGAAGGUGCUCAGCUUCUAUCCUGACAAUAUGAGCAAUUGUGGUCUUCCAGCAUUGCAAGGUGUGGUGCUUCUCUUCGACCCUAGGAAUGGAGCUCUGAGUGCUAUAAUGGAUGGUGUUGUGGUCAGUGACAUGAGGACUGCUGCAGCCACUGCCUGCGCCAUCAAGACUCUAACCAGUCGGCCUCCCAAGACUCUGUGCAUAGUAGGUAGUGGAGUUCAGGCCCGGAGUCACUUGGAGGCCCUCACUGAGACCAUCUCCUACACCAGAGUCAUUCUCUGGGGCAGAAACAGAUCACAUGCUGAGCAGUGUGUGAGGGAGGUGGGAGUUGAGGGGGUGGAGGUGUGUGACUCACUGGAGGAGGCCGUCAGAGAUGCUGAUGUCAUAGUAACAGUUACCAUGCCAACGGAGCCUGUCUUGUACGGGAAAUGGUGUAAAUCUGGAGCAGUCAUUUGCAGUAUUGGAGCAGUGAAGCCAGAUCGUAGAGAGCUAGAUGAUGAACUGAUUCAUAGCUCUGUUGUGAUUGCGGAUACGAGAGAGGGGGCCCUCAAGGAGUCAGGAGACAUCAUCAUCCCUCAGGCUGAGAUCUAUGCUGAGCUGGGUGAGAUCAUCGCAGGAACAAAGACACUACCAACAGUACCAGGGUGUGGCAAAAAGUUCAUUGUCUUCAAGAGCGUAGGAAUGGCUGUGGAGGAUGUGGUCAGUGCCAAACUGAUAUACGACAAGUACAUACAGAAAAGAGAUAAUAAACAAUAACUUGCAUUUAGAGUUUUUGUAUUGAAACUAGCAGUUUCUAUUUUGUGCUUUGUUUAGUUCUAGAUCUUGGCAUCUCAGAAGUUGAUUUAUCUUUCAACUG